GACCAAUCAGCGACGCGAGGGCGUGCACGAAUGCCGAGGAGGGAAGACAGCGAGCUUCUGUUGCCAGAGCAACGGUCUGAGCAGUCACCGGAAGCCGUCGAGCCUGCCGACGGUCCCGAAGUCUUCAGGUUUCUCGGAUGAGAAAACAGGCCCAGAGAAGGGAACAAAGACCCAGAGACAUGUCUGAAGUCAGGAAGCCCUUUGGUCCCUGCUGAACUCCAAGGGCUUCCUUCCUGGGGUCUUCUGACAUUUCUCUUCUCCUCUCCGCGGAGCCAUGGCUGAGGUCCAUGUAAUUGGGCAGAUCAUUGGGGCAACAGGUUUUUCUGAGAGCAGCCUCUUCUGCAAGUGGGGUGUCCAUACAGGGGGAGCAUGGAAGCUGCUGUCAGGUGCUCGGGAGGGCCAGACACAAGUGGACACCCCUCAGCUGGGCAACAUGGCCUACUGGUCUCACCCAAUCGACCUGCAUUUUGCCACCAAAGGCCUACAGGGCUGGCCUCGGCUGCACCUGCAGGUGUGGUCUCAGGACAUCUUCGGGCGCUGCCAGUUGUCUGGCUACGGCUUCUCGCACAUCCCCAGCAGCCCUGGGGCCCACAGCCUUGACUGUGUGACAUGGCGCCCCUUGGGUGACUGGCGAGAGCAGCUGGCGAGGGCCUUCGUGGGCGGUGGGCCCCAGCUGCUACACAGUGACGUGGUGUACUGUGGGGCCGACCGAUACCGGCUCCACACGGCGGCGGGGGGGCACCGUGCACCUGGAGCUGGCCCUGAUCCUGAGAAACUUUGCCCGCUAUGGGGUUGAGUGCUGAGUACCUCGGCCAGCUCCCAGCUCCUUACCCCCUCCCCAAUUCCCCAUCUAACUGUCCUCCUUUCCCUUCCUCUUUUGUGUUGGUCCCCAGGCUCCUGCGCUCAGCAGUCAGUCAUCAGACUCGUGCUGAGCUUUGAUUAUGUGCCCGGCACUGCCCUAAGGAGGCCUUGGGGGGUAUCAGGAAAAAGCACGGCCCUGCUCUCCAGGGGCGUCCAUGCCAAUGGGGGCGACCUCAUGGAAAGAAAUACACGAAUUGGUAUAUACAA